AUAUGUAAUUGAAAAAACAAUACCAAAUACUAGAAGCUUCAAUCAAGUUCUCAAUUUUGUGUAACUUAGCAGCAAGAACAGUUCAUAAUAAUGGGAAGGUAUGUAGUAUACGAUUGUGAUGUUGGCAACGACGAUGCAUGGGGCCUAAUGAUGCUGAUUAAAGCUGAAGAGUCAUUCAAAAGGCGUACCGAUUUAGCCAGUGCAUCAAAAAAGUUUGAAAUAAUUGGUGUCACAUGCGUCCAAGGAAACACUGCAGUAGAUUAUGCAGUGAUAAACACACUCAGAGUGCUGGAUGCAGUCAAUAGAAAUGAUAUUCCAGUUUACAAGGGUUGCAGUAAUCUUAUAAAACCGCGACCCUGGGAGAAUCCCAAAUAUUUUGUUGGAAAGGAUGGCUUUGGAGAUUUGGAACACGAGAAGUCAGUUGAUCUGAAUUUAGUACGCCCGGAACAUGCGGUAAAUGCAAUGUACGAUUUUGUCUGCAAGCAUCCUAAAAUGGUGGACUUCUUGUUGGUGGGGCCACUAACUAAUUUUGCUAUGUGCAUCAGCAUGUAUGGCUCUAAGUUUUUGGACAAUGUUGGAAAAAUACUUAUCAUGGGGGGCAAUUAUCGAGGCAAAGGGAAUACUACGAAAAGUGCCGAAUUCAAUUUUAUGCUGGACCCAGAAGCUGCGCACAUUGUACUAGCCAAUGUUAAAACACCGUUAACUAUUCUACCUUGGGAGGCAUGUGACGAUGGAGCUUCCCACAUUACUCUUGAUUGGCGCCUAAACGUUCUUGGAACAAUAGAAAGUCCCUUCGUCGAAUUAUUAAAUCGCGUGGAACGCGCUUUGCUUAUACCGAGAGGCGCCAAACGUUGGCUGGUUUGUGAUGCAUUGGCCGUCGCCGCUUAUCUAUUCCCACAUUUGGUGGUGACUGAUACUCAGCUGCAUCAUGCAGACGUGGAACUUGCUGGCGUGCAUACACGUGGACAGAUGGUCAUAGAUCAUUUGAAUAGAGAGCAGAAGAAUGCGAACAUUAUUACAGAGAUAAAUGUUGACCACUACCAAAAAAUCAUUGCUUGGACAGCUGGAUUGAGGGGCAUUCAUAUGGAAUGCGAAUUGGGGAAAUCGCAUUGAAAUUAAAUCUCGAAUAUGUUAUUGGAUUUCAACCUUAAUAUUAAUUAAUACUAGUGUAAAGUUGAGUGUAAAUUUAGUAAAUUCCCUGCAGUGAAACCCCCAACUAGUCAGGAAAAAUACUAGUUUACAACUAGAAUUUCCUGACUGAUACCGACCUAGUUCGAAAAUGGCCAGAUUUGUUUUAAGUAUAAAACGAUUUAUUCAUGCCCGGUUUUAUUUGACUUCGACAGUUUAAUACAAUAAAGUACUCAAAAUAUUAUAACUUUUAUUUGGGUGUAUUGUAAACCAUUAA